AUCCGCGAGGCGCGCCAUGAGAACCUGCUGCCGUUCGUGGGCGCCAGCGUCGAGCACGGCGCCGUGGCACUGCUCUACGCUUACUGCGCCAGGGGUAGCCUGCGCGAUGUGCUCGCCAACGAGGAUCUGCACCUCGACGCCAUGUUCGUCUCGUCGCUCGUAGCUGACCUCCUCAAGGGUCUCAUUUACCUUCACGAUAGCGAUAUAGUUUCGCAUGGCAAUUUACAUUCGUCAAAUUGCUUGGUGGACAGUCGCUGGGUGCUUCAGAUCGCAGAUUUUGGCCUCCAUGAAUUUAAAGCCGGGGGCCAGGUGGAGGCGGAGGCGGAGAGCGCGGCCCAUGAGCGCCGCCGCCGCCUGUGGCGCGCCCCCGAGCUUCUGCGCGCGCCCUUCCCGCCCCCGCGCGGCUCGCAGAAGGCCGACGUCUACUCCUUCGGCAUCGUGCUCUACGAGAUCGUGGGCCAGGCGGGCCCCUGGGGCGACUGCCCGCUCUCGGAGGAC